GGGCGAGCAGGGAGUUUGUCGCCGUCUCUGCAAAGUUUACGUCGAAACCCAUCACGAUGCGUUGCUGCGUAGUAGCGCUGUGCUUGUCAGCGCUGUCCACGCUGGCCGCCGCGGCCGCGGAGCCCGCGCCGCACGACCUUGCUCCCGCGCAGAAUGACAACGAAUUAGAACUAACAGAAGAAGAAAAACGAGCAUGGCAAAAUCUACAUGGAGGCUGGGGCAAACGCGGGUGGCAAGACAUGAGCUCCGCGUGGGGCAAGCGAGCCUGGCAGGACCUCAACUCCGCCUGGGGCAAGCGAGCCUGGCAGGACUUGAACUCCGCUUGGGGCAAGAGGGGCUGGCAGGACCUCAACUCCGCGUGGGGCAAAAGAGGCUGGCAAGACCUUAACUCCGCAUGGGGCAAACGCGCCUGGAGGGACAUGUCCCAGAUGCCUUGGGGCAAGAGGGGAUGGCAAGACAUGAGCUCUGCCUGGGGCAAGAGGGGCUGGAACGAUAUGAGCUCUGCCUGGGGAAAGAGGGGAUGGAACGACAUGAGCUCUGCUUGGGGUAAAAGGGGCUGGAAUGACAUGAGCUCGGCUUGGGGAAAACGCGGCUGGCAGGACAUGAGCUCGGCUUGGGGCAAGAGAGCACCGGAAAAAUGGGCGAACUUCCACGGAUCAUGGGGCAAGCGAUCAGGACCCGAGACCGACUACGAAGAUGUUGAAACCAUUGACCAACUGAUUCCGAUCCAACAGCUGGACGAGCCGGAGCAGAUCGCGGAAUCACCAGAGAAACGUGCAUGGUCUGCGCUACACGGCGCCUGGGGCAAGCGCCCUGUCAAGCAGCACAUCAACAGCGGAGCGUAUUACUGGAAGCGGGAGCCAGCCUGGACGAAUCUAAGAGGCAUGUGGGGCAAGCGGUCGCCCCCCGAGGACCCGCUAGACAGGCCCGAGGAACACGAAAACAGCGCGCCGCGGGAUGAAGCCUAGACAACUGGAAACUGUAUUAUAACUAAGAUACUUAGCCACCACAGUCAUAUCUACAUGUAGGAACAAUACUCUCUGUCCGCUUCGAACAACAUUAUUUGUCAUAUCCCCAUGUUAACCCUAAAGGUGACUAAUUCUUUUCACUCCCAACCAGUGGAAAGCAUUAGUCGACGACCUGAGUUCCUAGUACUUUAGUUAUCGUAUUUUUCUAUAUACAUGUAUAUUACUAUCCCUUUGAGAUUACGUACAAAUAUAGCUCUACGAACUAUGUCACCUUCUAGAAUAAUCUAUUUCCUAAGGCCGAGUACACUGAGACGCGCGCUUACCGUGAAGCGUCGAGCGUAAGGCGAACAAAUGUGAAGUGAAUGCAAUGCUUUCAUAUCAUAAGUGCACCAGCUCCAUAAUACAAAUAUCCACAUACAGAAACCAGUUGGAAACAUUGUACUUUCAGGUCACAAUUUAUCACCCAUAAAAAGAUACAAUUAUUAAUAGCGCUGAUAGUGACAAAAGAAGGCUGGCUAUGUAUGUGCUCCAAGCACUCGCGACUACUCCCCGCUCCGCUUGACGCCCCGCGUUACGCGCCGCGUCUCUUCAAAACGCGGCCUUAGCUAGUAGGAAACGUAUAGAUUAUUUUUACGAUCUUUGAUAUACACGCUGUUAGGCAGGCGUAAUAUGUAAUAUUGAGCUAGUUAGUUGAAUUAAUUAAUAAAUUAAUUGUAUUUUAUUAGAGACGUUGAUGUAAAUUGUACUGGUACUUCCUCGGAAGGCGUUUGUCCAAUAAAAGUUUAUUCGGAAGCCGAA